AUGAAAUCAAUACGAAUUCACAGAGCCAUACUGUCCGCUGUAAGUCCUUACUUCAAAGCAAUAUUUGUAAAUUCAUUGAAGAAGGGAGAGCCAGAAGAAACAGAGAUUUUUGUGGAUGUCCCAAGUUAUUAUAUGAGCUUAAUUCUUGACUAUGCGUACACUGGGUCGUGCACAGUUACCGCCGAAAAUGUCGAAAAUUUGCUACCUUAUGCUGAUCAAUUUGACGUGGUAGGUAUUAUACAGUUAUGCUGUCAGCUGCUGCUACAAGAACUAAGACCACACAACUGUCUUGGAAUAUUUAAAUUUGCGCGAUGCUAUUUCUGCAACGAAUUGGAGAAAAAAGGCAAAUUGUAUAUAAGACAGAACUUUGCUAGGAUACUUAAAGAAUGUAAUGAAUUUAAAUCGUUGUCGUACGAAGAAUUAGAGGACAUAUUGAGAGAUGACGAAUUAAAUGUUCGAAACGAAGAAAUAGUUUUCCAAGCAGUUAAAACGUGGGUAGAACACGAUCUUGAGAAUAGACGGGUCUAUAUUCCUGCUUUGUUAUCGUGUGUCCGCUAUGGUCACAUAAGUUAUAAAUAUUUUAAAUCAAAAAUACUUCAAUGGCAACCAGUAAUAGAAGAUGAGAAAUGUCAAGAAGCACUGUAUCCUGCUGUGGUAUUUCUUACCUUACUGGACUCUAGACCCGGCACUGAGGCGGAUUUAAACGACCCGUUGGCGAGACCUCGAAUACCCUAUGAAAUACUAUUUGCAGUGGGUGGAUGGAGUGCUGGUAGCCCCACCAGCUUUGUUGAAACUUAUGAUACAAGGGCUGACCGAUGGUUUCUCUCAAUUCACAUGGAUUUAACUCCACGGGCAUACCACGGCCUAUGCACGCUUAACAACCUUAUCUACAUGAUCGGUGGAUUCGAUGGGAGUGAUCAUUUCAACACAGUCAGAUGUUAUGACCCCGUGUCAAAUGUAUGGCACGAGCGAGCUUGCAUGUACCAGGCAAGGUGCUACGUUAGCGUUGUGGUUCAUGAUGGUUUAAUAUACGCAUUGGGAGGUUACAACGGCCGGACCAGGAUGGCCUCGGUAGAACGAUAUCAUCCUGAUAAAAAUCAAUGGGAGAUGACAACGCCGAUGAAUAAACAACGCUCGGAUGCAAGUGCCGCUUCGUUAGGCGGUAAAAUCUACAUAGUUGGCGGUUUCAAUGGGCAAGAAGUGUUAAGUUCUGCGGAGAUGUUCGACUCUGAGACGAGACAAUGGAGUUUCAUUAGAUCGAUGCUCAGCCCGCGUUCGGGCGUUAGCCUUAUUGCGUACAGAGACUCGCUGUAUGCGCUUGGCGGUUUUAAUGGAUACAGCAGGUUGAAUACUGGUGAAAGAUUUACUCCCCACCGGGGCGGUGAUUGGCAGGAAAUAACGGAAAUGUUCAGCGCAAGGAGUAACUUCGCAACUGUUCUAUUAGAUGAUAUGAUUUUUGUCAUCGGUGGCUUUAAUGGCUCAACAACAAUUCCCCACGUGGAAUGUUACGACGGUGACACCCUAGAAUGGUACGACGCUGCCCCAAUGAAUUUGAAUCGGUCAGCACUAAGUGCUUGUGUUCUCGCCGGUCUGCCCAAUGCUCGCUCUUUCUCCUAUUUGGCUAAAGCCGUACCAGCAGCUGGAGCUGAUCAGGCUCAUUAUUAG